AUGAUUGCAGAGACAAGCGCCGCGACUGCGGGUCCUUCGGGACUCUCCCGGCACUCUGGCGACGCAUUCGCACUCGCGAAACAGCGAGAAAAACAGCCAGCGGAGUGCGGGAGCGCCCUCAGCUCCGAAGCGCCGACCGAGAAGCCCGGCAACGAAAUCCGGUUCUCUCACUCGUCGUUUCCUUUCUGCGACUCUCUGUGUUCGGCUCUGUCCCCCCCUCUGUCGGAUGAGAUGCCUCCCGAAGAACAGCGCAGGUGGUGGUCUCAGCCCAACGUCCCCGGGGAACGGAGACCGGCCGAUCCCGAGAGCAGCCGCGGGCCGACCGAGAGGCUCGAGGCCGGCGGAAGACAAGUGGACGAGUCCUCAGAACGCGCAAGAGCGCCCCGCGCCCGCCAGUCCCUCUGGGUCUUCCCCGCGCGUCCUGACUGGAGUUACCGCUUUCCAGAAGACGUACCUGAACUGCUCCAGGUGGUGUGCAGCCGAAUCCACAGUCGACGGGAGGCAGGGCCGCAUGCAGGCACUGGUGGGGCGCGCGAGAGCAGACAUAGCCGCACGCUGAGUGGCCAGGAGACUCUCCCGGGGGACCGCCUGCUGGCUGUCGUCGAACGGAUGGUCGCAGAGUGGAGCGAGAGGCGCCAAAGUAAGAAAGGCGCGGGAGAGCAAGAUGUUGCCCAGUGCUUGAAUGUGAAUGCGCAGGCGCCCCUGGAGAUGCCUGUUAGCCUGGAAGCGAGGCUGCCUCUCCACAAGUCGAACCGCCAACGGCUGCGCUCACCGACCUAUCCGUUCCCCGAAGAACAAGACGACCAGAAAUCGAGGGAAGCCAAGAAGGAGAAAGACGCAGAGGAACGCGCCUCGCUCUGCGCUCUCCUCGCGGCCUGUCGCGCCUGUCCGCUCUCCUGGUCUUCCGAGAAAAAGGCGGAACCGAGCGGCGGACCUCCUCCCUCUGGGGUGUCGGUACACCCGAGACAAAGCCCUGAGAAGCGCGGCGUGUGGGUCUUCGACGCACUCCUCGACGAAGUCCUGACGCGGUCCGACGGCGGCGACCGAACGGCGCCGGGACCCAGAAAAAGAGCCUCUGUCACUUUCUCUUCCAGGGGAAGGCUUUCGAGUCGUGGGUUUCCUUUGGGAAGCCCCGCCUCUCCUUCCGAGCAUGGCGCGAGAUCUGCGGUGUCGCAGCAGUCCUCCUGGCCAAGUUCUCUCUCCCUCGCAGACUCCGCUUCUCUGCCUUCUUCGGCUCCCGCGACGGGGAGCUCUGGGGAAACGGCGCGUGCGACCGCGAAGGCGAACGCGAGUGCCCUGCCGCGAGCCCGCUGUCCUCCGAACGCAGCCGCAUGUACAUCUCGGGGAGGCGCCGAGUCCCCGAGGUUCCCAGCUCGCGGGGCUUCUCCCCAGUGCGGCGAAACCUCGGAACCCGUCCCGCAUCGACAAGCCAAAACUGCGUCCUCGCAACGGAGACACCCCCAGACUCCCCCAGGUUCAACUGGCAAAGAGAAAGCGAAUGGCAGUGGCAAGGAGAAAGCAAGCAAAAGUGGAAAAGAGAAGGCAAAUGAACGUGGAGAAGAAGAACCAGCAAGAGGGAAAGAAGGGAGGGCAGACAACGUUGUCGUACCCUUCCGGCGGCCGGGCCUCAGGCCUCAAGGCGGGGCGGGGACCGGGUGGGAGACAGGAGGCUCGACCGCGGUCGGAGGGCCUUCGAGCGGCAGUUCGUCUUGGCCAGAAGAGGCAACGAAGCAAGCCGUACGGUGUGCUCUGGGCGGAACAGUCCACGAAUUUGUGCGUCUGCCAGAUGGUUUUUCUGUUUUCUUCUUGAACGGGGACUACGGCGCCGGACGUUUCAAUGGCUGCUUGCAUCUGUCGCUCCCGUCGGCUUCGUCGUCUUCUCCCUGCGUACCGGGGGGGUACCUGCUGCUGGAGCAUGCACGGUCGUGGCAGAUGCCGGCGCCGUUGCCGCUUUUCUUUCUGCGGGCGACGCCUCGGAGCUGCUGUGAGCUUGUCGAGGCCCUCGCGAGUCCGUUCUGGGCGCCGCGACACCCGGCGCGGCACCUCGUUUUUCGUCACCGAGCGCAUACGCUGCGGCUCCUGCAGAACGCCCCCCGGAAAAAGAAGCCGUUCCCCACAGGCAAGGGCGGCGGGCCAGGCCGAAGCGAGAAGAAAGCCCACACGGGCAGGCCGGGGGCCGCAGCAGGAGGUGGGCUAGCCAACAAGAAAAGCGAAGGGGGAAAGCGAGAAGAAGGGGGGAAGAACAGAGACUGUCUCGCAAAGAACAGAGACUGCUUCGCAAAGGAGACUCGAGAAAAGGCGAGCAACGCAGACGCAGAUUUGCGGCCUUUCGUGGAGGGCCCUGGGGCGCGAAGCGAGAGGUGCGACGGCGGGGAGAGCGUUGAGGAAAAACCGAUCGGAGUCGAUGCGGUGAAAAAGGCUCCCGCGUCUGUUGGGCGAAAGCGAGAAGACCCUGAGGGCCGUCAGCAGCGCAACGGGGAAGGCAUCCAGAACGACUUCGAGAACCAAGGGCGUUUCAAGGAAGCUGGCCAGGGCGACUCCGAACGGACCUUCAGCCAGCUCCGAGAAGAACGUACGUGUGGCUGCGAAGCGCGCGGCUGGUGCUCGGCAGUUCCCACAGAGACAACGUUUGCUCCCGGACCCGAGAAAGGGUCUCUUGUUAACGCGGACGCCUUCCACGCCUCGAGUGUCUCCGGACCUCGUGCGAAAGCGUCUCCGCCGCCCAGCGAGACGACGCUGCUAGGACGCCCGUGGUUCUCGACCUCGAAGCGAAGCUUCUUCUCCUUUUUCCCCUCCGACCCCCGAGAGCUCGGUGGAGUCCCGCAUUCGCUGCCGUCCGACUCGGGGUCGCUCCCGCCGUUCCCCCACGGCCCGCUGCCGCCAGUGUACAAACAGCGGGCGGUUGGGUUCGUUAAGAACACGCAAAGCGUCUGCGGAGGCGAGUUCGAUGAAAACUCGGCUGUCGCGUUUCACCGCAAAACUGGCAUCGAAGACUUCGUCACGGCACCGCAGCUCUCAGCUGGAGUCUCCGUUCCUCCUCCGGCGCAGUUCUACACAGAGAACGAGUUUUCUUCGUUCGCCUCCGACACCCUGACCGCCGCCGCUGUCCCCGCAUUCCCUACAGACGCGUCCUUGGCGGCGAGCUGCGAUGCAAGCUCCCGUGUCUCUGCUUCCGGACUUCUAAACGAAGGAACGCCACCCUGUCUCUCUCCACCUUCUCUCUCUCCUGCUGCACCUUUUUUCCCUCCAGCGGUGAAUACGCGGGGCGAGGGCGGUGCGUCGUUGCAUGCGCGUUUGGAAAAGGCUUUUUGCGACCAAGAGUUUUUUCCGCCGUCAGGCUCUUCCACGAGCAGCAGCACUCCAGACGUGGGCGUCCUCGACCGGGACUUUGCCGCGGAUCUCUCGCAACUCUCGCUGCAUGCAAGGCGCCAGGGGACUUCCGCCGCGGACGCCGGGCGCAGCGAGACGCCCUCCCCGGGGGUCUCUGGGCGCGAGAGGCAUUGUUGGUGUCGCGCAGGCGUCUUCUCCUUUUUCGGCGAGAGUCCGGCUUUGCUCGGGACUCAGGGCCAGGUGGGAGCCGAAGGGCAGGAUAAGAAGGAAGGGGGUAUCCCGACAAAAGGCUCUUCUUUCUCCUUCCUUCAGGGGUUCAAGGGUGUGCAUGCAAGCGUGGACGAAGCCCACGAGCGCCACCAGAGACUCGCGUCGAUCUUUCCGCCUCUCGGCCGCCCUGUAGGCUCGCCAGAGACCUCACAGCCGGGAGGCGAGUGCGACCAGGCGCCGCUGUUCCACUUUCUUUCGGACUCUUCGGAGAGGUCAAACGCCCUCGAAGUGGCGCAGAAAGUCGCGGGGCGACCGACGAACUUUCCUGCGUCGACCCACCAGCCGCAUCCGGUGGACAGGGACUUUCUGUAA